AUGCUGAACAACAAGCAGGUCCUGGCCAUCGUGGCCGCUCUCUUCACCCAAGAGGCCCUCGCCCUCAACGUCCACCGCCAUGUGCACAACCACGUCCACGACAAGCGGGCGGUCGUGUACCAGGAGACUGACGUCGUCACCGUCACCGACUGGAGCACCGUGACCGUCUGGGAGGAAUUCUCCGAGACCACCCAAAAGACCAUGUUCAAGGGCGGUGCCCACACCCACCACACUUCCUCCACCAUCACCUCGUCUUCGUCUAUUUCGACGUCGUCGUCCGUGAAGCCAUCCACGUCCUCCGUGGUCCCGACUGCAUCUUCUGUGGUACCGACUACGUCUUCGACCUCGACGUCCUCGUCGAUCUCGACGCCGUCGCCUACCACCUUUUCCACGUCGUCGGUCGCCCCUGUGCCCACGACAUCCUCAACGUCCUCGACCGUUGCCCCCGUCCCCACGACGCUGUCUGUGGCAGCGGCUGUGUCGAGCGUGAUCAACAAGGCCGACGCUCUCAUUGAGACGCCGACGACGACUUCGGUGGCUCCGGUCCCCACAACUACUGCCGCCGCUGCUGUUGCUACUGUUGUGUCCACGACCACGUCUUCGGUCGCCAAGCGUGGUCUGGCUUACAACACCGGCAGUCUCCUGAGCAACUUCCUGGGCACUGGUUCCAAGUGCACGUGGUCGUACAACUGGGGCAAGGAGGCCGACUCGUCCGCUCCGUCCGACAUCGAGUUUGUUCCCAUGCUCUGGAGCCCCAACGACUACAAUGGCUGGGACACUGCGGCCGAAAAGGCAAUCGCCGGCGGUUCCAAGUACUUCCUCAGCUUCAACGAGUGCGACAACGCCGGCCAGUGCAACACGGAUGCGGCCACGGCUGCUACUGCUCACCAGAAGUACAUGAACCCGUACUCUGGAAGGGUCAAGAUCGGCACUCCUGCCAUCACGAACAGCAACUUGGAGGGCGCGGGAAUCAGCUGGCUCGCCAACUUCCUCUCUGCCUGCAACGGCAACUGCGACUUUGACUUCUGCCCUCUGCACUGGUACAACACCGCAGACACCAACGACUUCCUGACCCACCUGAUCAACGCGCACGAGACGUGUGGCAAGGACAUCUGGAUCACCGAGUUUGCGCCCACCGGCUCGGACGACGAGAUCAACAGCUUCCUGAUCGAUGUCAUGGACCAGAUGGACAACAACGCGACCUUCUCCUUUGUGCAGCGCUAUGCCUACUUCUGGGCUGCCACCGGCUCGCUGCUCACAUCGGAGACCAGCCUGAGCACGUACGGAAGCACAUUUGCCUACCAGUAG